AUGAAACUUUCCGUUUCUUUUUUAAAUCUGUUGACUCUAGUCUUUUUACUUCAAUGUAUUCACUUUGUUUAUGUGAAUGGAGAUUGCCCUGCAGGCUGGUCAUCGUUUACGGACUCAAAUGGAACCGAAUAUGGGUAUCAAGUGGUGUUGAAAAAUAACGUCAGCUAUUUUGAGGCGAGAAGGCUGUGUCUGGAUAUCAACAGCGAAAUUGUUGAUAUUCACAGCAGAGAGGAGAAUGAGUACAUGUAUAGUCUGGCCGCUAAUACAUCUGCUCAAAAUCUGUUUAUUGGAAUGCAUUAUAAACUUAACGAGACUUCUCGAACUUCUGAAGUUUAUUGUACUUGGACACCUGAUAUUAGUUGUGAUUUUGCAUAUUUUCAAAACCAAUCGGAUCCACGUAGACAACAAUAUCCAUGGGUGCCUAUUCCAAAGGCACAGAAUAAUGGAAGUAUGUAA